CAGCAGAGGGGAGAGAAUUAACUUGUAAUACGCCAACUUAUUUCCCAAGCUAAUCUGUCCUCUGUUCUUCCACCUCUGCUUUCUUCCGAUCCCAUCUCCAAUUCUCUGAAUCCUUCUACCCCCGCUACCAGCUUCCCUCACACACAUCCUCGCAAGGCUCGAGAUGGCACUUUCUCGGUUGGAGUUUGCCCAUGAGAGGACUGGGAAAAUGCCAAUCACGUAUGUUUCUUUGCUUCGUCGCAGGAAGAUUAUCAAGAGAGCCUACGUCGAGGGCACAGAGUUGCUGAACAACCACAAGCUACAUGCGCUGGAAGGCUAUGAAGAGGCCGGGCAAGUGCUGAUAAGGAGUUCCUCCUCCUCCUCCAUUGCCCAGACGUUUGAAUGGUAUGCAGAUUGUGCCGACAAGUUCGUGACAGACGUGGAGUCCGGCUGCCCACUUCGCCGAGACACCUUCCGCUCUCCAUUUGUCAGGCAAGUUUUUGAAGGGAAAACUGUCGUGUAUCAAAGGAUGAAAGAAAGCCAGCGGCUCUAUUUUGAUAUAUGGCCUUCGAUUUUGGAAGGCCGGGGCGUCGAGGCGCACAUACGGUACAGAUACUUCGAUCCCCAGAGGCUAGAUAAAAGUUUCAGCAUAAAGUUGGUGCUACGGCUCUCUGAAAGCACAGAUAUAGUCGGCACCGCUAUCAAUUGCCUGCAGUCAUCUGCGUCCCUGCUCAAUCUUGCAGUUGAAGAUGCAAUGGGAGAACUCACCCAGCUACAUAAUUUACAGGACAUGUCAUGUUCUUAUGCUCAGUUCUGUCCCUGGGUUGACAUCAUUCAAGAGUGCUACCCUGAUGACACUAAAUUUUUCCGCUCAGAUCCACUCUGCUGCUGUCAAGUGAAUGGGUGCGAGCCUGUUGUCAGCAGCAGCAUCUCAUCAGACCUAUCACACAUAUUCCCAGAGGAAACUAUAUUUUUCGGCUUCGAAUGUUACGUCCCAGCACUAGAGUACAGGUUGCCGUUGCCGGCGAGCGCAUCAGAUGAUGAUGAACACGGCAUGCAGGAUCGCCAUCGGAGACAACCUCUUGAGCUCACACUUCUGUUCGCACCUCAUUUUUUGCGCCAAUGCGUGCCGCAAGGGAAUUGCAUAUUUGAGGUGAAAGGGGGUAAAGAAGAAGAACGUACAUAUAAUAGCAUUCAGCAAACCUUUGAUACAGCAAUAAGAUCAGAGGCAAUCGACUGUCUCAUCCAUCAGCCGGAGGUGACCAAGUGUGCAGUGUACUGGCGCCCCAAACAUGGUGCUGCAGGGUUUUUUGUGAAAAAGCCAAGCACCCACAUGGCAACCACCGUGCCCAAAACCAGGGGCAGGUACAGCACCUGCAAUUCAGCAAAGAGAAAGCGGCAGAAGUAGUCAUGGGAGGUCACGAUUAUGUCUUGCCGUCUACAUUAUCAUUUCCCAACUAGCAUCUCUUGUUCCUCUUGCUCAAUUUAACAUGCAGAUGCCCUGCUACUCUAAGGUUUUUUAAUUACAAGAUAAUUUCUUAAUGAUAAAGUAGAGACAAAUGUUAAUGCC